UCUCCGCCGUMGAAGCCCCUCACAUACUUUUCCAGUCAGCUCUCCCUCCUCGGCGGGUCUCGAUGACUGCGCUGCAAAUAAGACCAACAAGCGUCCAGCGGCAGGACACGGCUCGGUCCGACCCGAUUCGGUGACUGCGUGUGCGCGUGUUGAUGAGGAAAUCUGGGUGUUUUCAGGAGAAGUGAGGCAGCAGGAGCCGCCGUGCCUGUCGGAGCUGCUGACCACCAGAUGACCAACUUCUGAAAAGUCCAUCUGAGCUCUUCUCGCCUGGUUUUUUUUUUUUUCUUUCUUCCCAGAUCAUCAUGGCCGCGUCUCUCUCCUCCAACCUCCUGCUCUUGUUCGUGAUUUCCUCCCUGGAUUGGUCGACUCCAGGAUAUGCGUUCCUUACUGACCAGGACCUCAUGACAUCAUCAGCUCCCGUCGUGCCUCAUUUCACAGAGUGCAUAUCAACAGAACAGGAGACGUUUCGUUGCUGGUGGAGUCCAGGCACCUUCCAUAACCUGUCCGCUCCGGGAGCUCUCAGAGUUUUUUACCUGAAGAAAGAUUCUCCCAGCAGUGAAUGGAAGGAAUGCCCUGAGUAUAAGCAUCCAAACAGGGAGUGCUACUUUGACGCAAACCACACGGCUGUUUGGACCCCCUACUGUAUGCAGCUUCGCACCCAAAACAACAUCACCUAUUUUAACGAAGACGACUGUUUUAGAUUGGAAAAUAUUGUGCGUCCUGACCCACCCAUUGCUCUGAACUGGACCCUGCUGAAUGUCAGUCCCUCCGAACUGAGUUAUGACGUUGUAGUGACCUGGGACCACCCGCCCUCUGCAGACGUUCAGGGGGGCUGGAUGCGCCUUGAGUACGAAGUCCAGUACAGAGAAAGAAAUGUCUCAACCUGGGAAGCAUUGGAGAAGCAGCCGUUCACUAAGCAGACGAUUUACGGUCUACAUAUUGGAAAAGAGUAUGAGGUGCACAUCCGCUGCAGGAUGCAGGCCUUUGAAAAGUUUGGGGAGUUCAGUGAACCUAUCUACAUUAAAGUGGCAGAGAUUCCCCCCAAAGAAUCUGCUGUCCCGCUCACUCUAGUUCUUACAUUUGGGACUGUGGGUAUCCUCAUACUCAUCAUGAUGAUCAUUGUCUCUCAGCAGCAGAGAUUGAUGAUGAUUCUGUUGCCACCUGUUCCUGCACCCAAAAUCAAAGGAAUCGACUCAGAGUUAUUAAAGAAGGGGAAACUUGAGGAGUUGGAUUUUAUCAUGAAUAGUGGAGGUAUAGGCAUUCUGCCAACUUAUGCAACAGAUUUCUACCAGGAUGAGCCCUGGGUGGUGUUCAUUGAAGUGGAUGAGGAUGGAGAAUGUGGAGAGAAGGAGGACAGCCAGAGUUCAGACACCCAGAGGCUCCUCGGUCUCCCUCACAGGAACGCUGGCUGCUUCAGCACCAUGAGUCACCCUGACGAUGACUCGGGCCGGGCCAGCUGUUACGACGCAGAUAUGUCGGAACAAGACACCCAAAUGCUGAUGGCCUCUCUUCUGCCAGGCCAACCUGAGGACGGAGAAGCCUCCAUGCAGGCUGGAGAAAAAGCCUCAGAGACAGGUGUCAGCCUUCUUGUCCAAACCCAGGAUGCAGAACCUCAGACUUGGAUCAAUACAGAUUUAUAUGCCCAGGUCAGCAACGUGAUGCCCACCGGGGGGGUGGUGCUGUCUCCUGGCCAGCAACCCAGAMUUCAGGAGAACAUCUCAGCCUCAGAGAAGGAGAAAAAAGGACAGGAUGACAGGAAAGCCACUGACAAUCCUCAGUUGAAGCUUCUCGUAGUGGAUCCGAAUGGAAGUGGUUGCACCACGGAGAGCAACGCCCGGCAGAUCAGCACUCCCCCUAGCUCUCCCACACCUGGGGAGGGCUACCAAACCAUUCUCCUCCAGCCAAUGGAGACCAAACCUAGAGCACCAACAGAGACAAAUCAGCCCCUUUACAUACUUCCUGACUCUCCUCAGCCUCAGCUCUUUGCCCCCGUUGCAGACUACACAGUGGUACAGGAGGUGGACACUCAUCAAAGUCUGCUCCUCAACCCACCACUUCCUCAGGCCCCACCUCCCUGCCUAACACAGCAUCYCCUAAAACCCCCUAUGCCAGUAGGAUACGUUACCCCUGACCUGCUGGGCAACCUCUCCUCCUAAAACAACAGCAUCAUCAGACUUUAUCCUUUCGUCGUUAGGCUUAGAGUUCCUCAACUCGAUUUCUGCUGGUAACCAAAAUUAAAAUUAAAAAAACUUGGAGCUCACUGGA